CCAUUCUCUUGCUCUUCUCUGCCCACUAUGGUCGCCAGUCCACGGAUGGGUGACGGAGAGCUCGCUGCCAUCAACGCUGCCGCUGUUACGCGCGAAUACCGCGUCCAGCCCCACCUCGAUUACAGGACAGUCUCUGCGGUUAACGGCCCACUGGUCGUGCUGGACAAUGUUAAAUUCCCUUCCUACAACGAAAUCGUCCAGCUCACGCUUCCAGAUGGUACCAAGCGUGGUGGGCAAGUGCUUGAAGUCCAAGGCAAGAAGGCCAUCGUCCAGGUCUUCGAGGGUACCUCAGGUGUUGACGUGAAAGCUACUCAUGUCGAGUUCACUGGAAGUAGCAUGAAGCUCCCCGUAGCAGAAGACAUGUUGGGCCGCAUAUUCAACGGCUCGGGCCAGCCUAUCGACCAAGGUCCCAAAGUAUUCGCGGAGGACUACCUGGACAUUAACGGCUCGCCCAUCAACCCAUACUCCCGUAUAUAUCCUGAAGAAAUGAUCCAAACCGGUAUCUCUACUAUCGACGUCAUGAACUCCAUUGCUCGUGGACAAAAGAUUCCCAUCUUCUCAGCGGCUGGUCUACCACACAACGAGAUUGCGGCGCAAAUUGUGCGUCAAGCGGGACUUGUCAAGCGUCCAACCAAGGAUGUACACGACGGACAUGAAGAUAACUUCUCCGUCACUGCUCGAUUCUUCAAGCAGGACUUCGAAGAGAACGGUUCACUUGACCGUGUGACGUUGUUCUUGAAUCUGGCAAAUGAUCCUACCAUCGAACGUAUCAUCACGCCCCGCCUCGCGUUGACCACGGCUGAAUACUAUGCAUACCAACUCGAGAAACACGUUCUCGUCAUUCUCACAGACAUGUCCUCAUAUGCAGAUGCCCUCCGUGAGGUCUCGGCCGCUCGAGAGGAAGUCCCUGGACGUCGUGGAUACCCUGGUUACAUGUAUACGGACUUGUCGACUAUCUACGAGCGUGCCGGACGUGUACAGGGCCGCAAUGGUUCCAUUACUCAGAUCCCUAUUCUCACUAUGCCAAACGAUGAUAUUACCCACCCAAUCCCUGAUCUUACAGGUUACAUCACUGAGGGCCAGAUCUUUGUCGACCGUCAGCUGCACAACAGACAGAUCUAUCCACCAAUCAACGUUCUUCCGUCACUGUCUCGAUUGAUGAAGUCAGCCAUUGGUGAGAAGUUGACCAGGAAAGACCAUGGUGAUGUUUCAAACCAACUGUACGCUAAGUAUGCUAUCGGUCGUGAUGCCGCGGCGAUGAAGGCUGUCGUUGGUGAAGAAGCCUUGUCACCAGAGGACAAGCUUGCACUGGAGUUCCUCGACAAGUUUGAGCGUCAAUUCGUCGGUCAAGGUGCGUACGAAGCGCGCAGUGUCAUCGACUCCCUCGACCUUGCAUGGAGUCUGCUGCGCAUCUUCCCAAGGGAACAGCUCAACCGCAUCAACCCCAAGAUCAUCGAGGAGUACUAUGCGCGCAAGCCCGCGAAGAAGCCCGCAGAGGACGCAGCGAAGGCAGACAGUAGCAAGCAGGAAGAGAAAUUGAUCGACGCAUGAAGCACAUGAGGCCCUGUAUUACAGAGUAAUGGACCGGUGGACACUUCCUUAACGACCUGCAACUACUUGUACUUCUUUCUGCAUGAACAGCAGAGAACGCCGCAUGGGUUCUAUGAUAUACAGAUACAACAACCGCCAGGCAGGCUUUCGUUCCGCAGCGUGGAUCGCCUUUCACUCUGCCUUUAAA